CGCUGUUCUAAGCUGCCACACACUAACAUAGUAACUGCAAGUAAGGUGAUGGCCGAACAAAUAAACGUAAUGCCUGAGCAAGCUAACGUAAUACCUGAACAGGCAAACCUAAUGCCUGAGCAAGUAAGUCAUGUGUUAGUAGAAAACAGUUGUCCAGAAGUUGAUCACAUAUCCUCACCCAAUCGGUCGUGGCUCCAUCCAAGAAAGAGCAUUAGUUCAGAGCAGGUCUCUUCGCGAAGAAUUUCCAGGACCUCAUCACUUCCUACUGUUUUGACUCCCAGACCUACUAGCAUAUCUAUGGCUCCACUGGGACUUAGCAUGUUCUCUCAUAUUUUGUCCGUGGCUCAACAAUUUCUCUUUUAUUUCCUGAGAGGUGGACUGAGUUCUGUCAUGUUUAUCUCGGACCUUUUCAUUAACUUUAUCAUCUUUGUCCUCGCAGGCAUAAUGCAUAUUCCAGGCGCCGCAACUCUAGGGGCCUUUGCUAAAAGUGUAAUAUUCUUGACUCAAAUGCUCUUGUGGCUAUUCGUGUCGGCUGUGGAACUGUUUUUCUACACCCCUAUGUACCUACAACUUCCCUACCUCCUGGCCAUUGCACUAGUCUACUACAUCACACCAAACGUCGUCAAAGAAUGCAUCAAUGCAUUGGUAUGGGCGUCUUUCAAAUUCUUUAGUCUGGUCAAGAAAGCAUUUUUAGCUUCUGCUAUUUACUAGAGUCCAUCAGAACCACCAAAGAGUCUCCCAUCUACACACUAACAGGACUAUGUCCAAGUACUUACAUUAUGGUCAAGUACAGAAAAUAUCACCAAACUCUAACAUUGUAUUCAUGAACAUUGAAUAUCACCAAACUCUAACAUUGUAUUCAUGAACAUUGAAUAUCGCCAAACUCUAACAUUGUAGUCAUGAACAUUGAAUAUCACCAAGCACUUUCUUUGUAUGUCAAUCUAAAAGAUCACUAAGACCUCCUGUAUGUCAGGAUAUAAUAUGUGCACCUUCGAGUGUAGUACACCGCUUCCUAGUCUGACAUCAAUUGCAGUGAUGAUGUAAUUAAAACCUUGGAGAAUCGUUACUGUUGGAAGUUUGUUGAAAAACAAACCAACAAGUUAACAUUGAAUUUUAACUAUUCACUAAUUAAUUAGUUCUGUGAUUUCUAUUCAAACGUAUGUCGCCACCCGUUUCUUCGAAUUUGGGCAGAGUGUCCCACCCGCUGUCUUGUCUGGAGCCGGAACUAUCUCGGUUUAAAUAGGAACUUUAUAGGAUCAUGCAUUUAAAAAUCGUAUGCAAAGGAAAUGUGAAUUUAUGCAACUGAGAUGUGAACUUAUGCAACUGAGAUGUGAACUUAUGCAAUUGAGAUGUGAACUUAUGCAAUUGAGAUGUUAUUUUUUAAACAAAAAGCUAAUAAAUAAAUAUUACUGUUUAUAAGAAAAAAUGUUUAUUGACUA